UAAACAUGUUACAAUUCUCGGCCAGUUGAUGCUUCCCACCGCCAUUCUUUUAAUUUACAGCUUCUCCACAUAAAAGAAUCCAUUAUAUCGUUCUUCAACAACCUUUCACUUCCUUCCACCUUGUCCUUUUUUCUAUCCCGAUUUUGAUCGGCUUAAGAGCGGAGCUGUUGUCCCACCGUUUCUGCAUCAUUCAAUAUCAGUCUCAGGAGUUCAAUAUUAAUCUUAGGAGAGAAGCAUGGUCACACACAGAAAGAGAAGGACUUUUUCGGAACUGACUGUCUUCUCACCCGUAAAACUGAUGGAUGGAUCAAGGAAACAGAGCAGUCAAUGGCUGAAAACCUACUCGAGGUGUACCAAAGCUUUGAAUUUGAAUAAUUCUUCAAACAGAAGAAGCGACUCUCAGUUUGAAGGUGUGCAAUUUUCCAGAAUUAUCAAAACCAUCGGCAAAACGUAUCCCGUACGAAAGUUAAGGGCCAGGUCAGCAAAAGGGAGGAUAGUGAAUUAA